GAUUACAGGCCUGAGCCACCACGCCCGGCCAGAUCUUCUAACUUUCUAAGGGAAGCUGGAAAUCCUUUUUAAAUCAGUGUUUAAUGGGAAAUUGCCCCGCACACACACGCUUUUUUUUUUGAGGCACAGUCUCACUAUGUUGUCCAGACUGGUUUUGAACUCUUGGGUUCAAGAGAUCCUCCCACAUCAGCCUCCCCAGUAGCUGGGACUAUAGGCACGACCCACUGCACCCAGCUAAAUUUUUCAAUUUUAAAAUGUUGGCAACUCACUUAAAUGUAAGACAAAUAAACACAUCUGUAGGCUGGCAGUGCUGCCCACACUGCCCAGACUAGGGGUUAGGGGGCCUGUGUGGGCCAUCACCAGGCUGCUAACCACAGCAACCAAUAUGUGCCAAGCCUGACUACACGUACCUUCUCAUUUCAUCCUCCUGGCAGCCUCACAUCUGCUUUACAGAUGGGGAACUGAGGCUCUAAGAGACUAAGGAAAUUGCCCAAGGCCACUGCAGCUAGCCAGGGGCAGAUAUGGGAGUCAGAGCUGGCUGCAGCUGACUACAAACCCUGUGCUCAGGAUGACACCCUCUAGGAGCUUCUACCUCUCUCCCAGUUCUCUUCUCCCUCCACUCAGGCAGAUGAGCUCUGCCUUCACAGGGCACCAGGCUGGAACAUCUGUCUGGAGGCCAGGGGGAGUAACUCAUGCCUAUAAUCCUAGCACUUUGGGAGGCCAAGGUGGGAGGAUCACUUGAGGUCAGGAGUUCGAGACCAUCCUGGCCAACAUGAUGAAACCCCGUCUCUACUAAAAACACAAAAACUGGCUGAGCGUGGUGGCUCAUGCCCCUAAUCCCAGCUACUUGGGAGGCUGAAGCAGGAGAAGCGCUUGAACCCGGGAGGCAGAGGUUGCAGUGAGCUGAGAUCGCGCCACUGCAUUCAAACCUGGGUGACAGAGUAAGGCUCUGUCUCAAAAAAAGGAACUUCUGUCUGGGGUGUGCCUAGCAGUCAUUCACACCCUCACUGAAAUCUCAGCUCCCUGGGAAAGGAUGUCAUGUUAAAGGGAGAGGAAAGAACAGACAGCGUGGGAGUCUGGGGUCUGAGCUGGGCCAGCCACGGAGGUGAUGGGGCCCCCAACAGCCAGAGGCCUGAUGCAGCUUGAGGCUUUGUCCCGUACCACGCCUGUUGUGCUGUGGGGUGUACUUUGCCAUGCAUACCUUGCUCGCCUGCUGCUGGCAUUGGCUGUCCCAGCUUGGCCCCACUCUUGCAAAGUCAGCUUGUGCCAGGUAAGCAGGAAAAAGCCGAUGGCUUAUAUGAUUCCCGGCAAGGCAGAAGCAGGCUGGGAGGUGCAUGUGUGCACAUUAGCAUGUGUUUCACCGUAUCCAGACCAGCUUCCGCCAGGAGCUAGGCCCACCUUGGGCAGGUACACGGUGACCCAUUUGACCUGCAGAUUCUUAGGAAACUUUUUGGAAACCAUAUGCCCACUUGCUGUGAGAUACAGUGGUUACGAGCAUGGAGCCAGACGGCCUGGGUUGAACAGUUUAUUAGCCGUGUGGCCUGGGGCAAAUUACGCCCUGGGACUCUCACCCGCAAACCAGAGAUAAUAAUAGUACCUACCUCAUGGGGCUGUUAGGAGAAUUAAAUGAGGUCAGAUAUAUGCAAAGUGCUUAGAACGGCGCUUGAUGUGUAAGAAGUGCUCGGCAAGGUUGUCGAUCACUAUCAUUAUCUCCAGUCCAGGCCCAGGAAUGAGCUUCCACUCUAGUCAGGAUGGGUGAAGCCCUUCUAGCUUAGCACCACCCUUCCAUCACCAUGACAACGCACAUCUCCUCGUGGCAGUGGGGGCAGCAUCAGGAGAACUGGGAGCCAGGAGCUGGCUGUGCACCUUACCUGACCUGCUUCUAGAGGCUCCUGGGCACCUCCAGGACUUAAGGGGGUGGACUAGGACUUAUGGCACCCCAAAUGUGCUGGAUAACCCUGACUGGACGAUGGCACCCCAGCUUCUUGACUCCAAAGCCACAGAUUGGGGAGAACCCCAGAGUUCCUGAAAAUGUUGAGGGCCUUAGCUUUACCCUCUGAUUCGACCUACAGGAUGCUCCGAGGGGUUGGGAACUGGUGGGUCACACUCCCCGAGGACUUUUUAUACGGUGCCUGAAUGGCAUUUGAAUUUUUUGCAAAUUGGUUGCUACCUUUAAAACUCAGGAAAUGGCACAUAAAAAAUUCAGGUAUCUGGCUUUUCUUUAAAGUGCCAGAAUAUCAAGCCACGGUGGUUGGCAUUCCUGCUGGGGCAAAAAUGCAACUGCCCUUGGGCCAGGCCAUCACUCUGCAGUUCUUACCUCCCCCUCCCCUUGCCCUACCACCCUGCACCAGGUCUGCAGGCUUACCGUGUGUAACCACCUCUCUGAACUACAAGGGAAUCCAGAAGUUGGGGUGGGCGUUAUCCUGGCCCUCUGUGCCCUUGACCUGAGAUCAGUGCAGCCCAUCCCAAUUUCCUUUUUCCAGGACUCCCCACACACACCCAUUUAGAACACAUCUGUGAGCCAGAUUUACUUCUUAGCACAAUAAUAAAACAAUGAGCAGUCACCUAGUUUCAGGUAAUGGGUUGUACAAGCUCCCAGACCUUUCUAGAACAACUUAAGCCUCAGUCGUUCCUAAAAGCUGGGGGUGGAGGAUGGGGUGGGGAAGAAACCAUGCCAAGCAGCGAAAGGACUGAUAAUAGAAUACUGCAGACACGCAGCCUUUCCUUCCCAAUCGGAAUGGAAGCAUUUGGAGGAAGGCUCUGGCUCAAGCCAGGGAGGCCUUGCUCUAAUGAGUCACCUACCACGUCGCCUCUGAUCAGCCUGAUGUUGUUAGGAUGGAAAUGAGCUGAGGUUGCCAGAUUUGGCAAAUACAAAAACAGGACACCCAGGAGCAUUGACGUUUUGGAUGAACAAUGGAAAAGAUUUUGGCGUAAGUAUGUCCUAUGGAAUAGUUGGGACACACAUAUUAAAAACUUCUUUGAAAUUUGGCCAGGUGUGGUGGCUUACACCUGUAAUCUCAGCACUUUGGGAGACCAAGGCUGGUGGAUCACUUGAGGCCACGAGUUCGAGAUCAGCCUGGCCAACAUGGUGAAACCCCAUCUCUACAAAAAAAUACAAAAAUUAGCCGGGUGUGGUGGCACGUGCCUGUCAUCCCAGCUACUUGGGAGGCUGAGGCAGGAGAUCACUUGAACCCAGGAGGCAGAGGCUGCAGUGAGCUGAGAUCGCGCCACUGCACUCUAGCCUGGGCAACAAAGAGAGACUCCAUCUGAAAAAACAAAACAAAACAAAACAAAAUCUGAAAUUCACAUGCCACUGGGCACCCUGUGUUUUAUCUGGCAAUCCUAAGAAGAGUCUUAGAAUGCUUGAAAAGAGCUUUAAACAUCAUUUCUUAAAAUGCCAAGCCUCCCUUUGGUGGCACUCCCCUUAGAGCUGAGUGUAAGCUCUGGAUGACUGGACGUGGGUGCCAGGAGGCCAGGACCUAGGAGCGGGAUGCUGACUCUCUGCAGCCCUCUCCGCUCACUCUCUUUUCCCUUCCAGUCACAGUCACUGCAGCAGACAUCAUGGCCGUGGAUGUGGCAGAAUACCAUCUGAGCGGGUCCCUGGGGAGACCCUCAUCCUGCUGCACCCUGGGGAUGAGCCUGUGACUCGGAAUCCACUCACCAAGGCCUUUUGUGGAGACUGUCAAGUAGCCAAGGGAAAAUAAACCCAGGAAGGUCAAUGUUAGAUUUAUGGGGCGUUAAAUUCAAAGACCACCCAGUCCAGAGGCAGAGGUUAUAGUGAACUGAGAUCACACCACUGCACUCCAGCUUUCCAGCCUGGGCGACAGAGUGAGACUCUGUCUCAUUAGAAAAAAAAAGAGGCCACCCAGUCCAGGGUCAUGGCUUCCACCACACCCUGUGCCUCAGCAGGGAGAUGGGAGGUGGCUGGGAGGUGCCUUGAGACUCCAGACAUACUCCUGCAGCCCUCCUCAUGGACGGCAGAUGGGGUCAGAGCCGAAACAUACCAGCCGUCUUUUCUCCCUUUGUUCCUCUCCUCAUUCACAGAUGGGAGAAAUGAGGCUCAGAGAGUAACGGGGUCAGGACGUGCACUCAGGUCUCCUGACUCCCAGCCCCGUGCUCCCCAUCCCUCCAGCCCCUACCCUAAUGCAGCCCCUGGGGAGCCCAGGGCUGAUCUGAAGGGUGUGCCCGGGAAUCACCUUUCCCAUCACUUUUUCCCAAAAUCGAGCCAGGGAGCCUCACUUUUCACCCUCGGGCUCACAGUUCUUGCCCCCCGUGUGGCCUUGGGCGAGUGGUGAAACCCGAACUUCUACUUACUUAUCUGUAAAAUGCAAACGAUGAGGCUUGCCUCAGGGCUGUCGGGAAGAUGUAGAGAGCUGAUGGAUGUGCAGCACCCAGCACAGUGCAAACGCCACUCUCCCAGCGGCAGGGCUUUGCACAUGCUGUUCUCCUGGCCUGGAGUCCUUCCCUGCCUCUGCCUCUGCCUGCCUGAGUCCUGGCACCUGGUGUCGGGGUUACAGGUGCAGAUCUGGACCCAGUCUGUCUGGAGGCAGAUCUCUUCUCCGUCCCUCAGCUUCCUUAUCUGUAAAAUGGGGAAAACAAUAGAACCAACCUCACAGGAUUGCCUUGACUCGAUGGGUUAAUAUACGUGACAUGCUUAGAACAGGGCCUGGAAAAUCAUAAAUAGUAAGUGGUUCAUAAGAGGAGCUAUUCCUCCUCCUCCUCAUCCCACUCGUUUCCAGUCUUAGCCUAGACCCCACUUCCAAUAUCACCCCAAGACUGGUAUUCCAUAAAAUCAACAAACAGAUGAAUGCGAAUUGUCAUUUCAUGUCACCUUCCUGGGGCUUUUCCUUCUGUGCCCCCAGCCCUGCCCCCUUUUCUGCCACCUCGGGCAUGGGCUCCACCCUUCAGCUCCCAAGAGCCUCAGGCACAGGGGAGCCUGAACCUGCUUUGCCACCUGGCUGUGCCCACAACCUGCUCAGAGACCUUGGGCCUCUGGUCCUGCCCUCUGGCCAACCCCCAGCUACCACCCAGCUCUGCUGUGACCCUGUUGCCAGGACUCCCAGAAUACGCCAAGCCUUGGCAGGGCAGGACCCGGAAGCCUCCAUGGAUCUCUUUGUUAUGGGCAUAUGUAGCCCACAGCUGACAUUCUGUCAACAGCAGUGGGAGGAAGGAGGGUUUCUUCACAGCCCUUCCACCGUCAUUACCCAUUCCUUCUGUUUUUCCCCAGUCUGCCCAGCCCGUGACUAUGUGCUGCGUGACUUUUACACACGUCACAAUUGCGUGAUUAGACCAUGUUGGGGAUUCAUUUCUUUCCUCUCUUAACAAUGCCAGAAAUGUGUCUCUGCAUUGCCACAGUGCCAUCCUAAUGACCUCAACUGUCAUUCUCAAAGGCCAGUGACAUUUCCUCCCAAGACAGAGCCACCAGCCCUCACUGGCCCCCUCGGUGGGACCUUCAGGCUGUUUCCAGAUUUCUGCUGUUAUAAAUACAGCCUCGAUGACUCAUCCCAGACACAAAACCUGUUGGGAUUUUCCCUUUAGAAUAAAUUCACCAGAGUGGGACCGCUGGAUGGGGGAUGUUCUUGUCAUCCGCAUUUUCCAAAUGGAGUACGAAGCCCAGAGGUGCUGGGUGACUUGCCUGGAAGCCAAGGUACCGGCGCCCGGCUCUGCCGUUUCUCACCGCUGGCCUUCAGUGGAGAAACAGAUGUGCCCAUUACCCUUCCUUGGUCUCAGUUUUCCUCUUUUAGAAAGUAGGGCCUUGGCCAGGCGCGGUGGCUCACACCUGUAAUCCCAGCACUUUGGGAGGCCAAGGUGGGCGGAUCACCUGAGGUCAGGAGUUUGAGACCAGCCUGGCCAACAUGGUGAAACCCUGUCUCUACUAGAAAUACAAAAAACUAGCCGGGCAUGGUGGUGGACGCCUGUAAUUCCAGCUACUUGGGAGGCUGAGGCAGGAGAAUCGCUUGAACCCGGGAGGCAGAGGUUGCAGUGAGCCGAGAUCGUGCCACUGCACUCCAGCCUGGGCAACAAGAGUGAAACUCCAUCUCAAAAAAAAAAAAAAAGAAAAGAAAGUAGAGCUUCACAGGGUGCUGAGUGCUGGGAGGGCGUCAGGGCUGGAGGCCAGUGAGUCAGUGCUGUGGACUCUGGCCAAAGGCAGCUCAGCAGAGAGCAGGGCAGGCUAGAGGGGCUGCCCCACUGUGUGAUCCAUUCCUGUGUGGCCGGGCUUCAGGGCAGCAGUGAUGAGGAACUCCUCUAGUUCCAGGUCCCCUCCCUCCCUCCCCCAGCCACUCUGCCCACUCUGGGCUUUUUAUACCCCUCUAUUCUUCCCGCCCUUGACUUCCAGCUCCUGUUGCCGUGGCCUGGCACACUUCUUGCCCCUCCUCAUAUCUCAGCUUACAUGUCCCUCCUCCGAGAGGCCUUCCCGGGCUGCUCCCAUUCCCAGUACCCUGAUCUGUCUAUUUAUUUGCCUGCCCCACCCCACCCCCUAGACUGCCAGCUACUUAAGGACAGGGACUUGGCCUGGGGCUGACUCAGCCCUGGCUACCCGUGUCUAUAGGCUGCUGGCACACCAGGAUGGGUGCUCAAUGGAUAUGCAGUGAUCAAUCUCCAGCCCUGAGAUGCCCUUUGCAUCUCUCCCCACCUUGCUUCCAGGGAACUGUGCAGGGUCGAGGCCGGGUGGGGCAGUGGUUACCCCGCUUGCUUUGGGGUCUGGCUGCCAGAGUUGGAGUCCCAGCACCACCCCUUCUGGGCUCUGUGACCUUGGGCAAGUUCUUUAGCCUUUCUGUGGCUCAGUUUCCUCACUUGAAUUGAGACAGACACAGUACUAAGGACAGUUUAGAGAACUGUAUUUGCCAGCACUGUGACCUGCAUGGUGAAUCCCAGUGUCUCCUUGGCUUCCUUUGGGGAAGCAGAGCCAGGUUUCCUGGGAGAGGGAGGCAAAACCUUGGACCGUGUAUGGUCCUGCCGCGUGCCAAGCACAGUGCUGGGGAGGACUCGCCUGCUACAGUUGAGGGAGUUGUUAAUUUCCGUUUUCGGGGGCAGUAAGGCUCAGAGAGGGAAGGUUAUUGACUCAUCAGCAGAGCAAAAGCCUCUGAGCAUCUGGAUUUGUCUCCAAGCCCUGCACAGCCUGCAGCCACCUCUCACUUGUGGCUGAGUUGUUUAUUUGUUUUGGUAAGAGAUUCACGGAGAGAUAAGAUUCACAUACCAAGCAAUUUACCCACUUAAAGUGUACAAUUCAGUGGUUUUUAGUAUAUUGUGCAACCAACCACACAAUCUAUUUUUAGAAUAUUUUCAUCAUCCUCCAAAGAGACCCUAUUUCUCCCAACUUUCCAGCCCCUGACAGUCACUAAUCUACUGUAUAGACUGGUGUCAAUUCUGUCUACACAGAUUUGCCUUUUCUGGAUAUUACGUACACAGGCUGAUCAUCCUAAAUCCAAAAAUCCAAAAUCGAAAAUCUGAAAUUUUUUGCGGGCCAACAUGAUGCUGAAAGAAAUGUCCACUGGAGCAUUUUGGAUUUCAGAUUUUUGGAUUAGGAAUACUCAACCUAUAAGUGUAACGUAAAUAUCCCCAAAUCAGAAAAAAUCUGAAACCCAAAACACUUCUGGUCCCAAGCAACACAGGAAAGUGUAUGUCUUGUUCGACAUGGGAUCUCCAGCACCUAGCACAUAGUAGGCAUUCAAUAAAUAUCCAUUCAAUGAAGAAGUUGGUGCUGCUCUCCGGGUGUGGGUCUGUAUCCACUAGGAAGCCCUAAUGAGAGGCUGCCCUUGCCUUGCAGUCAUCAAGAGCCCCCCUGGCUGGGAGGUGGGUGUCUAUGCUGCAGGGGCCCUGGCCCUGCUGGGAAUCGCAGCUGUGAGCCUGUGGAAGCUCUGGACGUCGGGGAGCUUCCCCAGCCCCUCUCCGUUCCCCAAUUACGACUACAGGUACCUUCAGCAGAAGUACGGCGAGAGCUGCGCAGAGGCCAGGGAGAAGAGAGUGCCUGUCUGGAAUGCCCAGAGGGCCAGCACGCGGGGACCACCCAGCCGCAAAGGCAGUCUCAGCAUUGAGGACACCUUUGAGAGCAUCAGUGAACUGGGGCCUCUGGAACUGAUGGGCCGGGAGUUGGACCUGGCCCCCUAUGGGACCCUCCGGAAGUCCCAGUCGGCCGACUCCCUGAACUCCAUCUCCUCCGUGAGCAACACCUUUGGGCAGGACUUCACACUGGGCCAGGUGGAGGUGAGCAUGGAGUACGACACUGCCUCCCACACGCUGCACGUGGCAGUGAUGCAGGGCAAGGACCUCCUGGAGCGGGAGGAGGCCAGCUUCGAGUCCUGCUUCAUGCGCGUCAGCCUGCUGCCCGAUGAGCAGAUCGUGGGCAUUUCUCGGAUCCAGAGAAAUGCCUACUCCAUCUUCUUCGAUGAGAAGUUCUCCAUCCCCCUGGAUCCCACAGCCCUGGAGGAGAAGAGCCUGCGGUUUUCUGUAUUUGGUAUUGAUGAGGAUGAGCGCAACGUCAGCACGGGGGUGGUGGAGCUGAAGCUUUCUGUGCUCGACCUCCCACUGCAGCCCUUCAGCGGCUGGCUCUAUUUACAGGACCAGAACAAGGCCGCCGAUGCUGUGGGGGAGAUCCUGCUCUCCCUCAGCUACCUCCCCACAGCCGAGCGCCUCACCGUGGUCGUGGUUAAGGCCAAGAACCUCAUCUGGACCAAUGACAAGACCACAGCGGACCCCUUCGUCAAGGUAUACCUGCUGCAGGAUGGGAGGAAGAUGAGCAAAAAGAAGACAGCCGUGAAGAGGGAUGACCCCAACCCGGUGUUCAACGAAGCUAUGAUCUUCUCGGUGCCAGCCAUUGUGCUCCAGGGUUCUGCUGAACUCCCCAAGCUCCCGUGGUCUUCAGAAGGUGACAUGCUCCAGGGAGACCUCUCCCAGCAGGGACAUCACAGACCACGGGUAGGGGGACUGCAGAAGACAGGGCUUGGGCCCUGCUUGCAUGCCUCAGAGGAUGGGGCUCGCACCACCUUCCCUCACUAUCUCUAGCCCUCCUCGGCACUCCUGACAAUGAGAAAGUCCUUUGCGCCUUGAGCCAAAACCUGCCUCCAUAGCCCCAGGGCU